GGUGGAAUCGCUUGAUCCAAGUUAUAAAAGCAUUUCGGGCAAAACGACCAUAGACGUGGUACUCAUAAAUGUUUACAAACAACUGGCAUAGAUUCGGAAAUUUGAUUCAAACAACCUUCUCGUAAAUCGGCUAAGGUAGCAAGUUCGAGCAGAAGAAAGUGAACAACCGAGAAUGGCGGUACUGAAAAAAAGAGCCUUAGCGGAGUACAGCCAAGUUGUACAGGAAGAAGCAUGUAGCAAGCCAUUACAGCUUAUGAAGAAACCUCGUCUCUCGAGUGUACAACUGGAAGACGAACUUGUGACUGAUACUUUAGAAAGACUAGAAACUAAUGAUGACUUAGUGGCUUACUUAAAUCAUAUCCAGAGAAAACUUCCCUUCCAUGCUGAUGACAAAGUUGUUCUCAUGAGAAAAUUGAUAGAGACAUAUCACCGUAGUGAGCAGUCACAUAUACGGUUGAAAAUUAUUGGGAUACUAGGAGAUUUCAGAAAAAUUUCCAAAUUUGAUAUACAGUUAAUUAUAAAUGAAGUAAUCAAACUUCUUUCCAUGGAAACAUCCCACAAAGUUUGUGCUUCAAUGAUCAGUGUGUUAUCAAAGCUGGGAAAUUUGCUUGCUUGUGAUAGCCCACUGCUAAAUAAAAUUAUCAACAUUGGGACACAAUUACUUAACAAUUCCAGUCAUCUGGUAAAAUGCCAUUGCCUUUCCCUACUUGGUGGGCUGUCAAAUACUACCACUCUCCAAGGUGAAAAUGUGAAACAUAUCUGCAAGUUUACGAAAUCUCAGGAUCCAAGAGUACGUACGGCUGCCUAUGAUGCAUUGCUUCGUUUGCACGACCGCGGACAAAAAUUAGAGCUGUGUGUGUACGCUGAUGUGUGCACUGCUCUACAAGACGACAAUGAAAACGUAAGGCAAUCUGCAAUGCGUAUUGUCUGGGUAUUAUCUCAUACGUACCCGGAGAGCUGUGUUAUGAUCCCUGGGUGUCAAGAUGAGGUCCAUUUAGUUGAUGACGCGUUUGCCAAGAUUUGUCAAGCUAUAGGUGACCUUUCGGUUAAUGUAAGAACAUUAGCUGCUGAACUACUAGGAUCCAUGGUCAAUGUCAAUCCCCAUUUCCUGGAGCAAACAUUAGACAAAAAGUUGAUGUCUGAUAUGAGACGCAAACGCUCUGCUCAUGAAAGACAUUGGGAAACAGUCACAUCAGGGGAAUGGGCAAGUGGCACUCGCUGGGCUGACGAUAAGCCACGCGAAAAUUUAGAUGCCGAAUCUGUAUCUCUUAUACAUAGUGGGGCUUGUGGAGCAUUUGUUCACGGUCUUGAAGACGAAUUUAUGGAAGUGCGCAGCGCUUCCCUCGACUCACUCUGUCAGUUGGCGCUUUCCAAUCCAAGAUUUGCAACGCUUUCUUUGGAUUUCCUUGUCGACAUGUUCAACGACGAGAUUGAAGAAGUUCGUCUGAAAGCCAUAGACUGUAUGACUAAAAUAAGUCACCUUAUUGUGUUGCGUGAAGAUCAAUUAGAAAUUAUAUUAGGAGUCCUAGAGGAUUCCAAUGUUGAAAUCCGCGAAGGGUUGCAUCGAAUGCUUGGAGCGUGUCGCCUAUCAACAAAGGCUUGUCUCAAACUUUGUGUCCAGGCUUUACUUGAUAACCUUAAGCGUUAUCCUUAAGAUAAACGAUCGAUCUGGCGUUGUCUUCAAUCGCUCGGAUCCAGUCAUCCGAAUUUGACACUUCUACUGGUUCCCGAAUUGUUAACUGUCCAUCCUUUUUUUGACAUGCCAGAAGCUGACGUGGAAGAUCCAUCAUACGUUUGCGUGUUGUUGCUCGUGUUCAAUGCCGCCCAGUUCUGUCCCCAAAUUCUUAGUUUGUUUGAGGAACAUAUUCGCAGACAUUAUCGUUACCUCCGCGACACAAUUUCGAAUUUUGUGCCACGUCUUCAGCUCGCUGGAGUAGAAGAAAUGGAAACACAGGUGGAAUUUGAUACGAACACCAACUAUUUUCUUCAAAAUGUUAUGUCACGCUUGAACCAGCCAACCAGUGCAAAUCAGAUCAAAGUAUGGGAUGCUGCUUGUCAUGAUUUGAUUCGCUUGGCUCAAAUCGACAACAAUUUGGCGCACGGCGUUGAACUUUUAGCCACGCAGUUGGAGUGUCAUAUCUUGAUUGCAAAGGUGAUGAAUAGUCCAGCUUGGAUUGACUCUUCAAGCCUUAAUGCACAGGAUGGUGAUGUGGUAAAAAAUCUGAUUGAUCAGUUACAACGGUGUAGUCUUAGGCUACAGUAUAUGUUCAGCAAUCUAUCGACUGAAGAAAAGCUCCUUAUUCAAAGCACACGUUUACAAGCAAUGGCGAUUCAAUUGGUCUAUAUUGUUCGAGCUAGUAAUACGUCUGCGUUGGCUUUAUCGGACCAUUUUGUUUCUAGAGUUGAAGCAUUGAAAGGGUAUGGAAAUUUGCCCUCUUUCGCUGGGUGCAUUGUCAAGGAAAUAACGCGCUUAGAUGACACGAAACCUGGCGUAUUAUCAAGAAUCUUGCUCCCCAUUCUUCAGGCACAUAUGUAUGUUGCCCCGUUUUGCCUUCCUGCUAAGGCCUUUAAAGUGAAUGCUGAAAUUUUAGAGCCGACUGGGGAGUCCGAUAAUCCCCAGAAAUUUCUGGCGGGUUUCGUAUUAGGGGUGGUUUUAGAUGCCGAAAUUCAAUGUCUCGCUCAUCCAGAAUAUUUGCGAGUUCGGGUGAAAUAUCCCGAUCUUAAUGCCCAGUUAAUCAUACCGCAAGAGUCACAUCUGAAAAGGAUCAAACAGUAUGCUCAAACCGAACUCAGCGAAAACGUUACAGUUAUUCCUGAACAUCGUCUGCGAACAUCGGUUCUAGUGUCACACCAGGUGUGGACAGAAUCAUCGCAUAUUGAGCUUUCUUUGGUUUUGGAUGUUAUGGAUCCGGAGGUUCCUUCUGCAUUGAAAAGGUGGCGAGGUUUUUCGGAAGAUUCAUUUAUUAUUGAACUUUGUAAACCUGUGCGAGUACUUGUAUCUCCCAAACCAAUCAAACGAGGAAUAUAAUUUCUUGCCAGAUGGUCGGACGGUAUGUGGGAUCUCUGGUUGUUCGCCUGAAGUGAAGAAUAUAUAAUUGUUCGCUUUUUACCAUAUGCUAGUUGGUUCUGAUAUUACAGAAAACUGGUAAGCUGAUGAGAAUUAAUCAAUAGAAUUUUA